AGCACAGAGAGCAGCAAACUUUAUGCGCAGGCACAGCGCUGGAGGAAGUUAUUAAUUUCUAGUUUUGUUUCGAUUUUGUUUAACUCUAAGCAAAAGGGUUAAAACCGGUGCUCUGCUGUCCGUGUGAGGCUUGACCUCUUCUAGGCUUUUGAAGGGUUUAUAUGUCCAGUCGUUGUUUCACUUGUUCAGCAUCUGAUACAGAGGAGCAGAGGGAUGGAGGAGCUGCUGGGGUGAAGAAGAAUAACAAUAACAACAAUAAUAACAACAAUAAAGCUGAUUUCAUGUGCGUUUGUCAGCCCCACGUUACCCCCAUUUUAGAGAGAAAUGACAGACGUGCGAUGCAGAAAACCGGGUGAGAAGGACGAGGCGGCGUCUGAAGUGCACCAUGGUAGCAGAUUAGAAGGUGUUGUGAGGGAUGAAGAUGGUGGUGAUGGUCUGGGGUCAGACUCGGACUCUGCUGUUAAAGAAGACGGAGAGAGCCGAGCAGCCGAGGACGCAGACGCGGCCGAUGACACGGCAGACACGGGCGAUGCGAGAGCAGACGCGGGCCAGACGGAGUCUCCGUCUGUUGCUGAAGAGGAGGAGAAGAAGGAAGAGCAGGACUCCAAGUCCAGCACAAGCUCAGCCAAGACAACAAACAAGAGCAGCAAAACGAUGAUGUUUCAGAGGUUAGCGAAGCUCUUUAUCGGUUGUCUAGCAGCUGUCACCUGUGGGAUGAUGUACGCGGUGUACCUGAGCACGUACCACGAGAGGAAGUUCUGGUUCUCCACACGGCAGGAGCUGGAGAGAGAGAUCACCUUCCAGGGAGGCAGCGGUCUUUAUUACUACUACUACAAACACAUGCUGUUCGCCUCGUCCUUUGAGAAAGGUGUGUAUGAGCUGAUGCGAGAUAACAGAACAAUAUCUGGUCAGACCAUUAAUGCAGUGGAGCAGCUGUCUCUCUACCCUGAGCUCCUCAGCAGCCUGCUUUACAAACUGAGUGGCAGUCAGGACUCCAUGGAGCCGGUUUAUUUCUACAUCGGUGUGGUGUUUGCGCUGCAGGCCGUCUACGUGACAGCUCUGUUUAUCUGCAGCUGGGUGAUGAGUGGCACUUGGGUGGCUGGGAUGCUGGCAGUGGCCUGGUUCAUCAUUAACAGGUCAGACACCACUAAAGUGGACUACGCCAUUCCUCUGAGAGAUAACUGGGCUCUUCCGUACUUCUCCUGCCAAGUAGCUGCUCUAACCGGCUUCCUGAGCAACAACAUCAGCUCGGCGAUGGAGAUGUUCUGUUACCUGCUUAUGAGUGUGACGACGUUCACCUUCAUAGUGAUGUGGGAGCACAGCCACUACAUACUGUUUGUACAGGGACUGGCACUCUUACUGCUGGACUGCUUCGACCUCGUACCUGCACGCAAGACAGCAGACAUCCAUAAGGUGUAUCUGAGCUCUUUGUUACUGGCGUAUGUUGUUCAGUAUCAGAAGCCCAGUCUGCUGUCCUGUCCACUCCUCAGCCUGCUUAUAGCCAACAUGCUGACCAAAUACCUGCAGCAAAAAAUGAAGAUGGGCCCGCUGGUGGCGAGACUGAUGAAGAUUGUGCUGCACCUUUACUUAGUCUUCACCGCAAGCAUCACCUUCAACUACCUGAUUAAGAGAAUCUUUCCAGUCAAUCAGAGUGACUUCAUCUUAAAGUUCCUGGAGGUCAGGUUCGGCUUAAACUCGACAACAGAGUUUAUCCCGAACCUGCUGCUGUGUGAGGAUGGUUUCCAGGCUCCGGGCCAGGACUUCUUCCUGCGCCUCACUCACGCCUCUGUCCUGCCUUUUUAUUUGCUCGUGCUGCUCGUCUGCUUGCUGUCAAUCAUGCAGACCAUCUACAGGAGACUCAGUGGUGAGCGAGCGACAAGCAGCGUGCAGAUGGAGGACGGCCGGAUCGGAGAGCGACCGGAGGUGAUCUACCACGUGUUCCACACGCUACUGUUCGGAGCUCUCGCCAUGCUGUUCCAGGGGUUGAAGUAUCUUUGGACCCCGUACGUUUGUAUGUUCACUGCAUUUGGUGUGUGUUCACCAGAGCUCUGGAUGACUGUGUUCAGAUGGGUCAGACUCAAGUCUGUCCAUCCUGUAGUGCUGGCACUCAUCCUGAGCACUGCAGUACCGACCAUCAUUGGCUUCAGCUUAUGGAGAGAGUAUUUCCCACGUGUGCUCUCCGAGCUUACAGAGGUACAGGAGUUUUACGAUCCUGAUACAGUGGAGCUUAUGAACUGGAUUAGGAGUCAGGCUCCUCUCUCGGCCGUGUUUGCUGCGAGUCCUGCACUGUCCGGAACAGUGAAGGUGUGCACAGGAUGGCCGGUUACCAGUCUCCCACUCUAUGCAGACCUCAGCCUGCUGGAGAGAACUGAGAGUACGUAUCAGGUGUAUGCCAUGCGCUCUGCCGAAGACAUCUAUAAGCUGCUCACAGCUCAGAAGUCGAGUUACGUCAUCAUCGAAGAGGAGCUGUGUAACGAGAUGAGUCCCGUCAGAGGCUGCAGGAUCAAAGACCUGCUCGACUACGCAAACGGCCACGUGGUGUAUGACAAAGGAGAAAUGUACACUUUUUCCAAGCACGGGCGAUUCUGUCACGAGAUCAAAAUGAACUACUCUCCAUACACCAACUACUUCACACGAGUUUUCUGGAACCGCUCGUACCACGUCUACAAAGUCAACUCGGUCAUCUCCUUCCAGUACUGACAUCUGCUGAGUCCACACCAUCGUCUCCUUCCAGUACUGACGUCUGCUGAGUCCACACCAUCGUCUCCUUCCAGUACUGACGUCUGCUGAGUCCACACCAUCGUCUCCUUCCAGUACUGACGUCUGCUGAGUCCACACCAUCGUCUCCUUCCAGUACUGACGUCUGCUGAGUCCACACCAUCGUCUCCUUCCAGUACUGACAUCUGACAUCAGUAAUGAUUACCGCAGUCAGCUCCCCCCAUACUGAUGAAUACAGAGUCAACACCAAGCAAAUUCUUUUCCAGGAACCAAAUCAACCAUUAUUCCUUUUCAGCCUCAAUGUAUACACAGUCAACUCCCUCAUCUUCUUUCAGUCUCAAUGUCUACACAGUCAACUCCUUCAUCCCCUUUUAUAUAUAACCCAUAUAACUAGUAGUACUAUAUUCUACAGUGUCAGUGGUAUUUCCUACCAAUUCCCACAGCUACCAAAUCAAAUCAGCACAUCCCCUUUCAAAUACUGACAAGAACCCUUUUCAUCCCCUUCUAAUCCCAGUAUCUACACAGUGUCUUUUUUAGGUCAUAGCCCUUCCAAUCCCAAUGUCCUUAGCCAACGCCUUAAUCCCCUUCCAGUCCCAAUGUCACCAGUCAACUCCUUCAUCCCCUUCCAGUCCCAGUGUGUCAAGUCAAUGCCUUAAUCCCCUUCCAGUCCCAAUGUCACCAGUCAACACCUUCAUCCCCUUCCAAUCCCAGUGUGUCAAGUCAAUGCCUUAAUCCCCUUCCAGUCCCAAUGUCACCAGUCAACUCCUUCAUCCCCUUCCAGUCCCAGUGUGUCAAGUCAAUGCCUUUAUCCCCUUCCAGUCCCAAUGUCUCCAGUCAACGCCUUUCACCCCUUCCAGUCCCUAUGUCUCCAGUCAACACCUUCAUCCCCUUCCAAUCCUAAUGUCUGCAGUCAAUGUCUUCAUCCCCUUCCAGUCCCAAUGUCUACAGACAACUCAGACAUCCCCUUCAAACCCCAAUGUCUCCAGUCAGUUGUCAUCUCCUUCCACUCCCAGUGUCUCACCAUCCUCACCAUCCCCUUUUCAUUCUGACACAUACCAUGUCAACCCUGAAUUCCAGUGGUCUAGAGUCAAUUUCAUCACCCCCUUCCAAUACUGUCUACCCCCACACCAGUAUGUUGUUUUUUUUUUUUACCUCCUUCCACACUCCUAAGCUAGCUCUGUGUUACUGAUUGUCGGAAACGUCCGUACUAAACCAUGGGACUAGAAAUCCUCCGAGGCAUUGGAGAAUGGAUUGUAAAAAUGGUUUUAUUACAUUGCAGUUAAGCACAAUGACAUUUAGUACUGCAUUGUGUGUGUGUGUGUGUCACAGAUCUGUCCAAUGGGUCCAGUCACAGGACCUGUUCAGCAUCUGAACUGCUGCCUCUGAGCUUUUUGUGGUGAAUACACAGCCCUGUGGCGGCGGUGUUUGAAAGCUUUUUGCUGCUGUCAGGCUAUGAAAAGACGGCCGCCGGCGGGUUGGGGGCGGAGUCGUGUUCUUAGAGAGAAUCAUGGGUAGUGCAGGCCGGCUCUGUGACUGCCUAAUUGUUGAAUUUGCAUUCUCUUUUCUUUUUUUAAACACUGUAUCAAGUCUCAUACAUGACUUUGAGAGAGAGAAGGAACUUACAAAGUUCUGGUUUAUAAUGUUGUCAAAGUGUUAAACCCACUGUACAUAACCUGAGACCACUUUUAGUUUUUUUUUAUGUUCUAAACACAACUUUGCUCAGCAUUUCAAGACCAAGUAUUGUGACCAUGCGGACCUUUUACUGCUGACCGAUACAUUAUAAGUGCAUAUGACUUUUAUUUGCAUAGUACCUUCCAUCCUUCUGAGAUCCGAAACCGACUGAUGUAUAAAACUUAUUUAAUGGAAGUCUAAUGGCACUUUCGUCGAUAAAUGGAUAAAAAUAGAGAGGCGGCUCAGUGAGUUAAAGCUCUGGGUUGCCAUGUCCUUGCUAAGUCAUCGAGCAAAUCCCUUAACAAUAAACUUCUUGGCAUAAACAUGAAAACCUUCUAAUUGAAUAAGCAUCAAUAUAAAUAUAUGACCAAAUAAUACACGGUCAAAGCUUACAAUACAAUUAUAAUAGACAUUUCAGCAGGGAUAAAUUAUUCAAACUAGUUUGCAAAUGUAAUGGAGGCCAGCGGUAGGUGCUGUGCAUGUAUACCUCAUCCCCUGAUCUCAAGAGGUGCACUAGCGACUGAGGCUGCAGUCUUUAGCCUCCUCAUUAGAGCACCCGCCUCCCAUGCCGGAGACCCCCUUGGAGCGGUUGCGAGUAGCACCCAGAGGGGUUACAUUGGUGCAGUGACCCGGAUGGGAGUGAGGUUUAGGGGGAUGAGUGUUACGGAGGCCAGCGGUAGGUGCUGUGCAGGUAAACCUCACUCGCCUGAUCUCAGGAGGCGCACUAGCGACUGACACUAAAGGCUGCAGUCUUUAGCCUCCUUCUUAGAGCACCCACCUCCCUUGCCGGAGACCUGCUUGGAGCGGUUGCACAAACAUCUUGAAGCAAUUCUUUUACAUUUGUAUACCUAAACGUAUAUCGACACCCCUUCAUCUGCCAUUAGCCUUCCUUUAUAAGCGAGUUUGCCGCAUUUUUCUGUUUUGAUUUUAUCCAUGUGGUAACUUUCUAGUAAAUGGAGCUUGGGUUUAAAACGAGAGUAACUCUAGUAGAUCUUUACAGCAGUCCUCAUUUCAAUGCAAUAUAAUUAAGAGGCAUUUCAAUGUCAUCUGAUGCAAUACAUUGUGUUUUAGUAUUUUCUUACCGAAAAAGAAGUGUUCGGAAACUUGUUGGGAAAAGCAUUGAGCUCUAGAAUGCCAUGUCUGUCUUGACGCGGUUCAAAUAGUUACCAGUUGCAUUUAGUUGACACCUUUUGCCCAAUAUACUCUGAUGAAUUGUGUGUUUUUUGUGUAACAAGCAGAAUAAGGUUCUCGUGUAUCCGUGUUUCAGAAGAUAACAUUUACAUUUCCCAGGACCCUGUAAUGAUGAAGCUGAUGAAUAGCUGAUAGAGAAUUGCACAUCUGCAGCCGUGAUGAAUAUGGAAAUGAGUCCCGGUUUGGAUUAACAGGCCUUUAUCAUGACACCUUUUUAUCACUGUCUUUCACUUCUGUGUCCCCCCCCCCACCUGUUCCCUUAUUUGAUUUGUUUAAUUUGUAUUUUAAUAUUGCAAUUAUUUUAUUUUAUUUUUUAAAGACAGAGAAUCACCAAUUGUAAUCACUAGUAGUGUAAUAUAACACCAGUCUAUGCAGAUGAUAAAAUUUGGUAAAAGUUGUAUAAUGUGUAUAAUGUUCCGUGCCUAUUUUUUUUCCCGUUUUAGUUGUUCCCACAUUAGUUUAUUUCCAUGCUUCAUAGAUUCGGACCGUGUCUGAUGUUCGCGUGUCCAAGCUCAUCCUCAGAACGCGUGAUUGUAUCAAGAGUUUCUGGGAAAAGUGCUUCGUUGCAAUGACUUACACUCCUGCUGCUACUGGUGCUGCUGGUAAAAUGCUUUUCUAGUUCUGCGUGAUCAUGUGAUCAUUUUUUGCAAGUAUACACAUCAGUAGAUUUAAGCUGAUGCUCUGAUUCGUCCGUCUCAUACUGUACAAGCUACAAUGGUCCGAUUCUGUGCAAUACAGUCUUUGUAUUCUUCUGUA